GUCACACUGCUGGUCACAAAUUUCGUAAACAUUGAAAAUUAGUGGCGUAUUUAAUCGCGUCGCAUUGAAUUAGUCGGGUAAUGUCGCAAAUAAAGUAGUGAAAACCAAGCAUGGAGGUGUUCCAGACCGACUCGCACUAUAUCUUCGUGAAGCGGGACAAGAGUUUGUGGUGGCAUCGUAGGACGUCGGAGUUCUCGAUAAAAGCAGGAUGGGAUCUCAGCUCUGUGGACGACAUCGAGUGCAUUGGAGUCACGCAUGGAAUUGUGGGCGUGAUCUCGCUGCCCAAUGUCUAUGAACCCCACUUGGUUGUGGUCAAGGAGGCAACCGCUGUGGGUGUUCUAUAUCCACCCCACUUGGUGUACAAGAUCAAGUCCAUAUGUAUAUUGAGUGCCGAGGAACCGGACACCGAUUUGCCCAACUGCACCAAGCACACCAAGAGCAACCAGUCCACGCCCACUCACAGCGUCUCGGCCUCGAACAACAACAAUGCCAACGUUCCAUCAUCUGGUGGGGGCUCCUCAAAGAGCACCAAGCUGUUCGAGGGCAUGAACAAGACGUGGGGCGCUGUCAAGAGUGCCGGGAACACCAUCAAAAACACCACCCAGCAAGCAGCGAACUUGGCCACCAAGCAGGUUAAGUCAUCAGUGGGCAUCCGGGAACCCAAACACAUUGAGCGGCGCAUCACAGAGGAGCUGCACAAGGUAUUCGACGAGACGGACAGCUUCUAUUUCAGCUUCGACUGCGAUAUAACCAACAAUCUGCAGCGCCAUGGGGCCAAUCUGGAGGAUAAUCAGUCGCAGGCUGAUGAGAGAUUCUUCUGGAACAUGCACAUGAUUCGAGACCUGAUUAACUUGAAUGACAAAACAUGGAUACUGCCUGUCAUUCAGGGUUUUAUGCAAGUUGAGAACUGUGUCAUUGGCAAUGAGUGCUUUACCUUGGCAUUGGUGUCCCGAAGAUCUCGUCAUCGAGCGGGAACACGCUACAAGCGACGAGGAGUGGACGAGAAGGGAAAUUGUGCCAAUUACGUGGAGACGGAGCAAAUACUCUCAUUCCGCCACCACCAGUUGUCCUUCACCCAAGUGCGUGGUUCCGUGCCGAUCUUUUGGAGCCAGCCCGGCUAUAAGUACCGCCCACCGCCACGCCUAGAUCGAGGGGUAGCCGAAACCCAAAAGGCCUUUGAACUUCACUUUACCAAGGAGUUGGAGACCUACGGGCGCGUUUGCAUCGUAAAUUUGGUCGAGCAGAGCGGUAAGGAAAAGACGAUUGGAGAUGCCUAUGCCGACCACGUUGUCAAGUUCAACAAGGAGCUGUUGAUUUAUGUGACUUUCGAUUUUCACGAAUACUGCCGCGGCAUGCGCUUCGAGAACGUUUCGGCUCUGAUCGAUGCAGUUGGCCCAGAAGCUGGCGCAAUGGGAUUCCACUGGCGGGAUCAGCGUGGCAUGAUAUGCAACCAGAAGUCCGUGUUUCGGGUGAACUGCAUGGACUGCCUGGAUCGAACAAAUGUGGUGCAAACUGCCAUUGGAAAGGCGGUGCUUGAAUCUCAGCUAGUAAAACUAGGCCUUUCGCCGCCCUACACUCCCAUUCCGGAACAACUGAAGUCGCCGUUUAUGGUGCUUUGGGCAAACAAUGGAGACAUAAUCAGUCGACAGUAUGCGGGCACCAAUGCCUUGAAGGGAGAUUAUACUCGUACCGGCGAACGCAAAAUCAGCGGCAUGAUGAAAGACGGCAUGAACUCAGCUAAUCGCUUUUUCAUACAAAACUUUGCCGACUCGUUUCGCCAGUGCAUCAUCGAUCUGAUGCAGGGCCAGCUGCUGAGGGCAGAGGAGCUGCAGGAGGACGAGGUCCUGGAAACUAUUAUUCAGAUCCUCACUCCAGAAACCCGGCCCCCUCUUAGGGGCUAUUAUAAUCCCGGUGUACUGGGCCCCGAGCUGCAGUUAAUCGAAUCGAUCGUUACGACCAGUUAUUACUUGGCGCGCUUUAAGGACUCUUAUCGCCAGGCCACCAUAGAUCUGAUGUUGGGCAACCAGGUCUCCUCGGAAUCACUUAGUGCCUUAGGCGGCCAAGCUGGUCCGGAUGAAAACGAUGGAACCGAAAAUGCCGAGCAUGCCAAGUUGCUGGUGGAAGAUUGUCGUCGCCUGCUGCUGGGAACGGCUCAGUAUCCCGUUGGAGCUUGGGGACUAAUAGAUGCCGACCCAAGCUCCGGCGAUGCCAACGAGACCGAGGUGGAUUCCAUACUGCUGCUCACCGACGACUGCUAUAUUGUGGCCGAGUACGACUCGCACCUGGACAAAAUUGUCCGAUUUGAAAAGGUGCAACUGACGCAGGUGCGUCUCAUCGAGUUUGGCAUGCAUCAGCAGACCAAAAUCUUCCAGGGAUCUGCUCCAGCGCAUCUUUGUUUGCGUUUCAACUACAGUGUGGACGGGCAAGAAGGCUACUUCCACAUGUUCCGCUCGGCUAAUUUAAGAUUCUUCAACAACAUGGCGUAUGUGAUCAAAACUCAGGAGGAGCUCACAGAAUCUUUAAGCUCCAUUGUAGAGAUGUUUCGCAUUGCUUUGUGUAAUGCCGGGAAUACAGACGUUCGCUACAUCACAGGUGGUGUGUUGCAGCGAAGGAAGAGCAAGUUGCCGACGUUGGAUGUUCCCAAGGGCAUGCCGCGAAACCUUUCCGAAUCUCAGCUUGUCCAACUCAGCUCAAAGGCUCUGUCGAAUGUCGCGGGACAGUUUUCGAAAUUGGGCCAAACCUUUAAGAAGCCGUCAGGCGCCAAUCACCAGCAAGCUCACCCCAGCAGCUUGGCAGCAACCACCAAUCCGCAAGUUAUGCGUCAGACCGGAGGCAAUGAAAUCGAAUCUGGCCAGGAAGCCGAGAAGGCAGUCUUUACCCUGGGCCGCAAGCAACGAAACUCGAACAGCGCUAGCAGUACCGAUACCGAUGAGCACGACAACAGUUUGUACGAGCCCGAGGUGGACUCCGAUGUGGAGAUAGCAAUGGACAAGUCCAACUACAACGAAAAUGCUUUCCUGCCAUCGGUGGGCAUUGUCAUGGGAAAUCAGAAGGAAGACUCGCCCAGCUCUUCCGAUGAGAUCCGGCAGUUGGAGCAGAAGGAUAGCAUGUGUAAGACCACCGAGGAUGUGCUCACAAUUUCGAUUACCUCAGUGACUGAUCACGUCACUCUGCCCACGGGCCUUUUGGAAAAUGCACCGCCCAUUCGACCGAUCACGCCCAAUCCGUUGAUUUGCGUGCAAGCUCAGGAAGUCUAUGACGAUGGGGAGGAAGAGGUGAAGCCUGUGCCCAGUACGUCGCCAAGAGAUCUCAGCCUUCCUUUGGGCUUGUCCACUCAGCCGGAGGCCAACAAGCUAAAGCAGCUGACCAGUCCACUCUCAAAGCUGGCCAAGAACAUUGGCCUCAACCUAGAUCCUCGCAAGAUUGCCACAAAGACCGGAGUCCUCUCACCGACCAGUCUUUCUGAAGAGAAUACUCCGCCAGAACGCGGGCCCAAUUCUCGAGAUCAUUUGCUGGAUCUGUGGGAGGCCGAAAAGUGUAAAACCAAGUUAAUAGCCCUGUAAGAGGGUUCAUAUACAAGCAAUACGCGAAGCUCCACACUUUUGAAAUAACUAGUGCAAGUGAUAUAUUUAUUAUUCAAAUAGAACGCAACAAAAUUAAAAUGGUUCAACUUCUUGUACGAGGCACUUCCAUUAAUGUCACACUAGGGAAAAAACAGAAAUCGAAACGUUUUAAAGGUUCUUACAAUGUAGAUGAUAUAUAUUUGUGAUUGUUAUUAGCACCAAGCUGUAGUGAGUUAAUACAUUAUUGUGUGUCUAGUGUACUUAUUCUUAUAUCUAACCGAAUAUAAGUUUUGCAAAAUUAUUUUGGACAAUGAUGUGCAGCGUAUUUUAAGCACAACUAACGUUGGAAUCUCACAGUUUCUGAUCGUUUGAGGUGUGACAAUUUAGUUGAUAUAAUUUUUCAGUAUUAAAUAUCUAUGUUUUAUUUUAUUAAUAAUGUUUUUUGUAUAAUAUCACUGAGUAACUCCAAAAAAUUAUCUUGACGGAUGCUUAAGAAUCCUGUUGGCUUUGAUUUUCAAAUUUGCUCACAAAAGGUUUGCUGUCAAACCUUGAACUCCAAGAAGUUCUACCAUUUUUUGUAGCCGAAAAAAGACAGUCAAUAAAAUAAAAGGACCACCUCCCUUCAUCUUUAUAGGUUAGUUGUCUUUUCUGUCUUUUCUUAAUUAUAAUCAUACUCUGUUGGACGAAUUGGAGAAGAAAAAUAACAUCAACAUUAUAACAUCAAGGGCUGUUUGUCAAUGACUUCGUCUUCUUUUGGCUAUAACUCGAUUAAAACUACCUAAAAUGAUUUACAGUUUGGGGUUCGAUAGAUAGAGUUGCACUUGUCAAUUGUUUUAACUAAUUAAUAUACUAAGAAUCCGUUCGCCUGUAAUUGCUUUUCAAAACUGCUACAAACAGCCUUUUUCCAACUCUGCUCUGUUCCAACAUUGAACACAUUUGAAAGUGGAGCAUUAAAAGCAACAGGAUUUUUGUGUAUCCAUCGAGGUAAUUAAAUAAAGGUUUAAUUUUGAAACGCAAUGUAAUCAAUGUUGUGUAAACAUGUUAUCAUUCUAUCUUUAAUACACAGUGUGAGAAAUUCAAAAGAUUAAUUGCUUUUCUAAAAGGCAUAUGGCGGAUAAAAACUUCCAAAUCCGUACCAGAAUUAGUAAAUGAGCGAUUGUAUUUUUAUGUUCAAAAUAUUUUCUUUAAUUUUUUGUUUGUUUUAUAAUGAUAAAUCAAACGAUUCGAAAGUGUGAUUUUGUACAAGACCAAAAAGUUGUGGCUUUUUAAAUUUCCAUCUUGUCCUGUGAUAAUAUGCUUGCACCGCUUUUGCCUAGUUUUAGAUUUUAGCAGUAGUACGAGUUCAGCACUUGGCUUAUGAAACAGUUAUACGUAUGUAUGAACACCAGGUUGGUCAACUUUAAAAACACAACCACAAGAAGACAAGACAAACAAAAGACUGGCGGCUGCCAAUUUUUUACACGCCACACUAAAAACAAAACGAACCCAUUUUUUGGCUAGAUACUAAACCAAAUAGUGAACUGAA